AUGCGAAGACAGGGGCUUCAUCAACGGCAGCAUGCGAAGCCAGCAGGAGGUGGAGGAGGAGGGGUGAAGGGCAUGAUUGGGAGGCUAUUGAUCGCGGUUGUGGUUGUCUUGAUCUGCACCAUUUCUUUUGUUGUUACAUCGACGAGCAAUGGCGGCGCUCGAUCUGGCUCUCGCUCUAAGAUGAGUUUAGAUGAACUUUGGAGAAGUGCUGAUUCUGUUGGUUGGAGACCAUCAUCAGCUCCACGGUCUGAUUGGCCUCCUCCACCAAGCGAGACUAACGGCUACCUACGUGUGCGCUGUAAUGGUGGUCUCAAUCAACAACGCACUGCGAUCUGCAAUGCAGUUCUUGCAGCAAGAAUCAUGAAUGCCACACUUGUCCUGCCUGAAUUGGAUGCAAACUCUUUUUGGCAUGAUGAUAGUGGUUUCCACGGUAUCUAUGAUGUUGAGCAUUUUAUGAAGUCAUUGAGGUAUGAUGUAAAAAUUGUGGAAAAAAUACCAGAAAUUCGCCAAAAUGGGAAGACCAAGAAGAUAAAAGCUGUACAGCUUCGUCCCCCUAGAGAUGCUCCUAUCAGUUGGUAUACUACAGACGCUCUUGUGAAAAUGAAGGAGCAUGGUGCUAUUUAUCUUACUCCAUUUUCACAUCGUUUGGCAGAAGAAAUUGACAACCCUGAGUAUCAACGGUUGAGGUGUAGAGUUAACUAUCAUGCUUUGAGGUUUAAGACAAAUAUUAUGGAGUUAAGUCAAUCAAUAGUAGAUAAGCUUCGCGCACAAGGUCACUUCAUGUCCAUACAUCUUCGUUUUGAGAUGGAUAUGCUGGCAUUUGCUGGGUGCUUUGAUAUUUUCAACUCCAAAGAGCAGGAGAUUUUGAAGAAGUAUCGAAAAGAAAAUUUUGCGCCAAAGAAGCUUGUCUACAAGGAAAGGAGAGCCAUUGGAAAAUGCCCAUUAACUCCAAAAGAGGUCGGUCUUAUUUUACGUGCAAUGGGGUUUAACAAUUCUACCAGGAUAUACUUAGCUGCUGGUGACCUAUUUGGUGGGGAGAGAUUCAUGAAACCUUUUCGGGCUUUGUUCCCUCACCUUGAGAACCACAGUUCUGUAGAUCCCUCAGACGAGCUAGCAGAAAACACCCAGGGGUUGUUAGGGUCUGCAGUGGACUACAUGGUUUGUCUCCUCUCUGAUAUUUUUAUGCCUACAUAUGAUGGCCCUAGCAACUUUGCAAACAAUCUCCUUGGUCACCGCCUUUAUUAUGGCUUCCGAACCACAAUUAGACCCGACAGGAAAGCACUUGCCCCAAUCUUCAUUGAUCGAGAGAAGGGACGGACAGCAGGUUUUGAAGAAGCUGUUAGGCAAGCCAUGUUCAAGACCAACCUUGGCGGGCCCCACAAGCGGAUCCCACCUGAGUCUUUCUAUACAAAUUCUUGGCCAGAAUGUUUCUGCCAAACAUCUCCACAGAAUCCGGCACAUAAAUGUCCACCAGAAAUUCUUGACAGCAGUUGA